AGCCUCCCUUGUGUUGACCAGCAAUAACAGAGAGGAAGAGGUAAAUCAAAGUCCUGAAACAAAAGCAGAGACAAAGAUGAACCCAGACGAAUAUGGUGCCAGACUGUUUGGUUUCAUGGGUGCUGGGAGUGCAGCAUUGUGCAUCGCAAUGGCAAAGGAUACUGGUAUUCUUGAAGCGCUCUUGGAAGCAGAAGUGCCAAUGACGUCACAGGAAAUUGCCGAGAAGAAAGGUUUAAAAGAAAGAUACGUCCGUGAGGUGCUGGGUGCCCUUGCAACGUCUGGGGUGAUUCAGGUGAACGAGGACAGUUCUCACUACCACGUACCGAGCUGUCACAAGGGAGUCCUCAGGUCGACAUCCGCCUAUAGUAGGAUGAUCCCACUCUUUGGCCAGAGAUACCCGGCUGUCAAGGAAUGCUUCAAGCUUGAUGGACCUCCAGGAGUUGCUUUCGGGGCUCUACCAGAGGUGUUUGAUAUUAUGGAAGACUACCGCUCCGCCAAUCAGGAUAUGUUCAUCGAAAACAACAUCUUGUCAGCAGUGCCUGGGUUGAAAGAGAAACUUGAGACAGGUAUCACAGUUGCUGAGUUUGGUAGCGCAAAUGGUACGCUCCUUACUAAUAUGGCGGCACGAUUCCCUAAAUCUUCUUUCACCGGAAGUGACGUGGUUGAGAAUGUUGUGGAAGCAGCCAACGCAGCUGCGUCCAAUAGGAAUUUAAAGAACGUCUGUUUCAAAACGUAUGACCUCUUCAAUUUACCUAGCGAACUAAACAAUUCAUUUGACUGGAUCUUCAUCAGUGAUGUGGCGCAUGAUCUAGCUUACUUAGACAAAGCUCUUUCAGGAAUCCGUCGAGCAGUCAAGUCCGGCGGAAUCUUUAGUAUGCUAGAUUUAUGCAUGAAUGGAAAGGUGGCUGAGAAUGUCGGCAACAUGGGAGCGUGUUUCCUAUUCACUGGAUCUACGAUGUUAUGCCUAGCAGCAAGUAGCCUACACGAAAAUUCGGAUCAAAUUGGACCCUCUUGGACGGUGGAGAAGGCAUGUGAUUAUCUCAUUAGGGCCGGCUUCACUAUAUUAAACGUGCAUCACGCUGCAAAAGACAAGCACAUGACCCACUUUGUCUGUGAGUAGAGUGACUUUCGUUUUACGCCGCACUCCGCAAUAUUCCAGCUAUAAGGCGGCGGUCUGUAAAUACUCGGGUCUGGACCAGACAAUCCAGUGAUCAACAGCAUGAGCAUCGAUCUACGCAAUUGGGAUACGAUGACAUGUGACUCUGUGAGUGGAGAUGUUCAUCACUCAGAGAGAUUCUUUAGAUAAAACAUUGGUUAUCAAACUGCACUUAUGUAUUCAAGAUUUCUUUUCCGAAAAUUGAAUUAAAAUUUAAAAGCAUACGUUGCCAUUCGAACAAUGUUAAUACAAUGUAUCAAAUGUUGCUAUGUCUUGUAUAUGCAUUAUCGUAGAAACAGAAGACCAUAACUAUAUUUAUUGUCUUGUUUUGCGUAUUGCAUUGAAUAAUAAAGGAUUGGAAACGUC